CUUAUCACACACCGUAGAAUCCACACUGGAGAGAUGCCCUACACAUGCUCUGAGUGUGGGAAAAGCUUCAAUCAGAGCUCACACCUUAUCACACAUCGUAGAAUCCACACAGGAGAGCUGCCCUACACAUGCUCGGAGUGUGGGAAAAGCUUCAGUUGCAGCUCAAAGCUUAUCACACACCGUAGAAUCCACACUGGAGAGACGCCCUACACGUGCUCUGAGUGUGGGAAAAGCUUCAAUCAGAGCUCACACCUUAUCACACAUUGUAGAAUCCACACAGGAGAGCUGCCCUACACAUGCUCUGAGUGUGGGAAAAGCUUCAGUCGGAGAUCAACCCUUAUCAAACAUCAUAGAAUCCACACAGGAGAGAAGCCCCACACAUGCUCGGAAUGUGGGAAAAGCUUCAGUUGGAGCUCAGACCUUAUCACACAUUGUAGAAUCCACACUGGAGAGACGCCCUACGCAUGCUCUGAGUGCGGGAAACGCUUCAAUCGGAGCUCAGACCUUAUUAAACAUCGUAGAAUCCACACCGGAGAGACGCCCUACACAUGCUCUGAGUGCGGGAAAAGCUUCAAACGGAGCUCAGACCUUAUCGUACAUCAGAGAAUCCACACCGGAGAGACACCCUACACAUGCUCUGAGUGCGGGAAAAGCUUCAAUCGGAGCUCAAAUCUUAUCGUACAUCAGAGAAUCCACACGAGAGACACCCUGCACAGGCCCUAUGAAUGCAGUGAGUGUGGAAAAUGCUUCACUGACAGCUCAUCCCUUUCUCGACAUCAGAGAAUCCACACAGGGGAGAGGCCCUAUGCAUGCAGUGAGUGUGGAAAAUGCUUCACUGACAGCUCAGCCCUUUCUCAACAUCAGAGAAUCCACACAGGGGAGAGGCCUUAUGAAUGCAGUGAGUGUGGGAAAAACUUCAGUAGCAGCUCAAACCUUCUUGCCCAUCAGAGAAUCCACACAGGGGAGAGGCCCUAUGAAUGCAGUGAGUGUGGGAAAAACUUCAGUAGCAGCUCAAACCUUCUUGCCCAUCAGAGAAUCCACACAGGGGAGAGGCCCUAUGAAUGCACUGAGUGUGGAAAAUCCUUCACUGACAGCUCAUCCCUUUCUCAACAUCAGAGAAUCCACACAGGGGAGAGGCCUUAUGAAUGCAGUGAGUGUGGUAAAUGCUUCACUAGCAGCUCAGGCCUUUCUCAACAUCAGAGAAUCCACACAGGGGAGAGGCCCUAUGAAUGCAGUGAGUGUGGGAAAUGCUUCACUGACAGCUCAGCCCUUUCUCAACAUCAGAGAAUCCACACAGGGGAGAGGCCCUAUGAAUGCAGUGAGUGUGGGAAAACCUUUAUUACCAGCUCACACCUUAUUAGGCAUCAGAGAAUCCACACAGGGAAGAGGCCCUAUGAAUGCAGUGAGUGCGGGAAAACCUUCAGUCGCUGUUCACACCUUAUUAGGCAUCAGAGAAUCCACACAGGGAAGAGGCCCUAUGAAUGCAGUGAGUGUGGGAAAACCUUCAAUCGCAGCUCAAACCUUCUUACCCAUCAGAGAAUCCACACAGGGGAGAGGCCCUAUGAAUGCAGUGAGUGUGGAAAAUGCUUCACUCACAGAUCAUACCUUAUUAGGCAUCAGAGAAUCCACACAGGGGAGAGGCCCUAUGAAUGCAGUGAGUGUGGAAAAUGCUUCACUGACAGCUCAGCCCUUUCUCAACAUCAGAGAAUCCACACAGGGGAGAGGCCCUAUGAAUGCAGUGAAUGUGGGGGAAAAUUCAGUCGCAGCUCAGACCUUAUUACACAUCAGAGAAUCCACACAGGGGAGAGGCCCUAU